CUCGGUUAACGACUGUCUGUUACUAGCGUUAUAAUAGCCAGAACACUGGCACAAUAUAAAAACGGAGACAUUAACACUGGUGUACUGUGAGGCCAUCUUAAUUCAUCCUACAUGAACAUGAAUGUCCUGUGUUUGUGUGGCCCCCUGUCUUCUUAAGGUCAGAGCUGGGGGCUAAUGUCAUUCAGUCCUGGUGAGGAGGGGGCUUUAUCUCAGGCUGCCCCAGACGUCAAUACGCAAGACCUCUGUCACAACCCCGCUCAGUGCGUGGCGACAGGGAACACAUCUGAGGAUAAGGUGAGGGUGUCACCUGUUGUGGAUGAAGCUUCUCCUUCCUCCACAUCCUCCUUUGAGAUCCUUGACAUGGAGUCUGUCCUAGCUCCUUACCAAGAAGUGCAGCCUCACUGGUUCUUCUGUCGACAGGCUGAUGACAACACCUUUUGGCUUCCUUUUAGCAGAGAAGAUUCUGACAAACUAGAGAAUUCCUGCAACACUGCAGCAAGCAAGGAGGAGGAGGUGGUAGUUGCUGUAGAUGGACAGCGGUAUGAUGUUCAUGUCAAGGAGAGGAAAUGCUACCCUGUGUACUGGGAGCAAGCUCCCACUGAAGUUCGUCGCUGUACCUGGUUCUACAAAGGAGAUAAAGACACAAGGUUCAUGCCUUAUCCUGAGGACUUCAGCAAAAGUUUGGAGGAGGCCUAUAUGAUAUCAGUGACCUUAAAUGAAUGGAAGAGGAAACUGGACUUUCCCACUGGAGAGACUGUUAUCUUACACAAUCCCAAAUUGAUAAUGCAGUACCAGCCAAUAGGAUUACAGGAUGAGUGGAUAUCGUCUCCCUCAGAGCAGACCCGGCCUCGAACGGUCAAGAGGGGAGUAGACAACAUUUCUGUAGAAAUAACUGAUGGUGAGCCAGAAAAGGUGGACCACCUUGUCUUUAUGGUGCAUGGCAUCGGUCCUGCAUGUGAUUUACGCUUCAGAUCCAUUAUACAGUGUGUAAAUGACUUUAGGAGCGCUUCCCUGUCCCUUCUGGCCUCUCAUUAUAAGCGUGCUCAGCAGGAUGGCCUGGUGGGCAGAGUGGAGUUCCUCCCAGUCAAUUGGCGUAGUGCUCUACAUGGGGAUGCCACUGGUGUUGAUAAGGACAUCCAGAGGAUCACUCUUCCCAGCAUCAGCAGGCUGAGACAUUUCACUAAUGACACUCUGCUGGACCUGUUUUUCUACAACAGCCCCACCUACUGCCAGACCAUAGUGGACACAGUGGCCUCAGAGGUCAACAGGCUGCACGACCUCUUUAAACAGAGGCACCCAGAAUUCAAUGGGGCAGUUUCAGUAGUGGGCCAUAGCCUGGGUUCACUUAUCCUGUUUGACCUGCUAACCAAUCAGAGGACUGGAUCAGAAACCAGAGAAGGGCUGUCUUCUUGGGAGCCCUGUUGUCUGAAAUGUGAUACACUGGAGCAGGCUCUGAGCAAACUGGGACUACAGCAAUACUUGGAUACACUACAGGCAGAAAACCUCGACCUGGAAUCACUGGCUCUUUGCCAUGACAGCGAUCUCAAAGAUUUAGGAAUUCCUCUUGGACCUCGAAAGAAGAUCCUGAACUACAUCAGGAGGAAAAAGCUUCUGGAGGAUUGUAGGACACAGACAGAGUGUGUGGCACCUCUACCUCCCUUGACCACUGAUCAUGUUGGUAACCAGCCUUUAGGGCUGGCAACUCAGCACUCCCAGUUCCACAGGGCGCAGUCAGUCACCAGUGCUGUAGACUACGAAUACUUUGACGUGGGCAUCGGACAGCCCAGUGGAGGCAUAGCCAAGGGACAGGUAUCGAUUGAUUACCCACAGCUGGCAUUCCACCCUCAGAUGUUUUUUGCAUUCGGCUCUCCCAUUGGAAUGUUCUUGACUGUUCGUGGGCUUAAACACAUUGAUCCAAGUUACACCUUCCCCACCUGCAAGAGCUUUUAUAACAUCUACCACCCGUAUGACCCUGUGGCUUAUCGGAUAGAGCCCAUGAUUGUUUCGGAUGUGGAUCUGGAGCCCAUGCUAAUCCCGCACCAUAAAGGCCGGAAAAGGAUGCACCUGGAACUAAAGGACAGUUUCACUCGUAUGAGCAUGGAUUUGAAGAACAAUGUGCUGGGUUCUAUACGAACGGCGUGGCAGUCAUUUGCCAGACUACCUGCUGUUGCGCUGCCCCCAGUGAUAGAAGGGGAAACUACAACUGAGACAGACUUGGAAGAGACACGAGCCUCAGCUGAAGUCACUGCUUCUGUUAAGAGAGAAGAGAAAAGUGCUGAUUUUGGGACUAAAAUACUGGAGUGGCCCAGUGCUUUUCAUAACCAUUACUUCAAAGGAGUGUGUGUAGAGGCAGAGACCUCAGUGUCAGCAGAGCAGACACAACAGCCAGAGAUUAAAGUGGGGAUGUUGAAUGGAGGACGAAGGAUUGACUAUGUGCUUCAGGAAAAACCCAUUGAGAGCUUCAAUGAAUACCUGUUUGCCAUCCAGUCUCAUCUGUGUUACUGGGAAUCUGAGGAUACAGCUCUCCUGUUGCUGAAGGAGAUUUACGACAAGCUGGGUGUGGCCUUUGAACAGCCACAACAGUAAUUAAGUUUUAUGAAUGUAGACUAGGUUUUUAACUUGGCAGUAACCUGAGAGUGAAAAAACGAAGGACAGCUGACCAGCAACAGGCUGCACAAUCCUCGUCCAGGGUGCCUUACUGGCUGGGUGUUACCAGACUGCCCUGCCCUCUCCUCCUCUGAUGGUGGAGACUGCCUGGCUGCAGUCAGGUGAUCUUUGUCAGUCAGCCUGAGUUUUAGUGUCUGCUUAUGUUCCUGGUCAAAUUUUUGAGUCACUUUUUGUUUUGCUAUACUUUGCACUUUCAUUUACCAGCAGUUAUUGACAUAUCCUCUUUACCCUUGAGUAAUAAUGAAGAAAAAUAAUAAUAAGAGGAAACACACAGUACUUGUUGAAGUAUGGAAAUACACAUCAUUUUCCCUAUCACCAAUUGACAUUUCUGUGCAGUUCACAACAAAAAUAUACUUUAACAUUUGUGAAUUAUAAUUAAAAUAGUAGAUUAUAAUCUAUAAAAUGUAAUGUUAUUUCCCACCCCUAUACAUGGCCUUCAUAAAAAUCAGAAAUAUAGAAUUAUAAUUAAUAACAAUUCCUAUUAUAUGUGUUCAAAUGGCAUUUCUGUUUUACCUUUUAAACUUCAAGCUCUUGUGACCAAGGAAGCUGUCCCAUAGCAUAACAUUGGACCUUCCCUUUAUAAAUAACCAGGUCAGAUGGUUUCACUUGGUUAGCUGUAAGAUGUUUAGUUACUGAUUCAGAAAAGGGAAACUGAUAUUUUGUCUCUUACAAGUUUUCUGGCACUGUCAUUCUUUCUGCCGGCACCAAGACUACUUGGCAGAUGCUACUCCUAUUUCUCUGCAGCAUAACAGCCAUAUCGAUGUCACUCCUUUUAUUUUCACAUGGGGUCUGUUAGGGACCGUUAAUGAAAGUGAAGCUCAUCUUGCCUUUUGAUCAUGUUUAUUUAAAAUAUGUAUUUCAGCUUAAUUGUAUCUACAGAUGUAUCUAAAAGAAGUAAUCCUGGCAAAAGGGAAAAUUCUGGCAAAUUGUGGCAAAAGGGAAUUUUCAGAAAUGUAGCUGCUUGAAGGGACCAACUGGUUGUUUUUUUUUUUCUUGGUGUGUGUGUGUGUGUGUGUGUGUGUGUGUGUGUGUGUGUGUGUGUGUGUGUGUGUGUUUAGACUAUGUAUGUUACUGAAAGGCUAGUUCAUAUCUCCUAGAUCUUUGCUAUCCCUCUUUUACCAGACUUGUAUUUCUGAUGUUUUGCAGUUGGCUCACAUCCAAGUCCAUAAUAGAAGUGUAUUCUUUAUCCUAAAAUGUUUCAUUUACGUUCAGACUGACGUCAUAUAGAGAGUUGUAACUUUUUUUCAAAUCUAAGGGCCAAAUCGUACAUGUUUCUCUUCAGCUGUUCAUUUGUUUCCAUGUGUUGAAAGUCACAUUUUCUGUGUUGCACUUUAUGUUAGAGCAGAGUUUCUCACCAUUGUCUGGUCCUGACCCAGUUCUUUCAUAAUUUUCAUGGACCCAUUAAUAAAAAAGCUGUCACAUUGAAAUUGUUUGAAUCUAAUUUAAAGAGUAUGACCACUAGAUUGAUAUUUUUGUUCCAAAGUAGUUUAUUAUACAGAAAAUAUAUGCAACAAACAAAAUAUCAAUGUACAAAUUUCCCAAAUCUGCAUCUGUAUAUCAUGUAAUGCAAGGUCCAGAUUUCAAAGGUGAGAAACUCUGUUCAAGUGAUUUAACUUAAUAAACUACUUAUGUUUUGCAUUAUCAGGGUAUCAUGACCCCCACCACCAAAGCUUUGAGUAACUUGGGUGUAACAACCACACAAUGAAUGAAUGAACCUAAAAAGGUUGGUUCAUGUUUCUUCCUUCCUUGCACUGAACACUAAAUUAUUGUGUUGGAGUGUUUGAACUUCACCAAAUCUUUGUGACUAAAGAGAAGUAACAGAAAUGUAUGAUGCCAUAACUAGGCAUUUGAUAGUAAUGUGUUGACACACACUAAAAACAGAAAGUUCUCCAUUCUGAAUA